UGUAACCAACCACGAAAACCACCCUAAUGGAGUCCUAAAACUUUGUUCUCGAAGGGAAAGAUACUAAUGAAAGGCUGAUACCAACCACUACUCGGUCAGAGUACAUUUUCUUAAUUAUAGAAGAAACGAUUUCAUUGUUGUCAAAAUUUUGCCACUCUUUGCUUCUUCCAUUAAUCAUUCUCACAUACUUCCUCUUUAAAUGGCUUAAAAAUCACUUUUCAAUCUCGCCCAAAAACUGCCCACCUUCACCACAAAGACUUCCAGUCAUUUGGAACCUUCAUCAACUUGGUUCUCUCCCACAUCGAUCCCUCAAAGAGUUAGCAGGAAAAUAUGGUUCACUAAUGAUGCUAUAUCUAGGAAGCAAACCGACGCUCAUCGUCUCUUCUCCAGAUGCAGCUGAAAUAGUUCUGAAAAGACAUGAUCUUGAUUUUGCUAGUAGGCCUCAGGCGAAGUUUGUUGGAAGACUUAUAUACAAUUUUACGGAUAUGGGUUUCUCGCCCUAUGGUGAAUAUUGGAGAAACUUAAGAAGCAUUUGUGUUAUCCAACUUCUAAGUAACAAGAGGGUUCAAUCAUUCAGAAGCGUGCGCGAAGAAGAGGUCGCAUUGAUGGUGGAAAAAAUAGCAGAAUCGUGCAUGUCACACUCCCCCUUCAAUAUAACUGAGAUGUCUGCUACCCUCACAAACAACAUAAUUUCUAGGGUAGUAAUAGGGAGGAGGUACUCGGAAGAAAAAAGUGGGAGCAAUUUCAAGAAAAUUUUUGAGGAGUUCUUAGAGUUGUUUCGAUCGUUUAAUGUUGGUGACUACAUUCCCUGGCUUGAAUGGAUUAAUCACAUCAAUGGUUUGGAGGCGAAAGUGAACCGGGUUGCCAAAGAGCUAGAUGAAUAUUUUGAAAAUAUUGUCGAAGAAGGAAUGAAGAGGCAUGAGAAAAUAUUGAGAAGUAGAACUAGUGAAAGUGAAAAAGAAGUCAAAGCUCAAAAGUAUUUCCUGGAUAUCUUGCUUGAACUUCAAAUGGAAAAUAUCAAUGGAUUCACUCUUCAACGUGAUUCAGUCAAAGCAUUGAUCCUGGACAUGUUUACUGCUGGAACUGAUACUACAUCCACAUUACUAGAGUGGACCAUUACUGAGUUAGUGAAAAACAAAAUUGCUAUGGCAAAGCUAACAACGAAGUGA